AUGGGCCCCUGUACCGCCUCCUCAUGCUGCUGCCAGGCCCGUAAUCUGCCAUGGGCCCCCGUACCAACUCCUCAUGCUGCUGCCAGGCCCGUAAUCUGUCAUGGGCCCCUGUACCGCCUCCUCAUGCUGCUGCCAGGUCCAGAGUGUGUCAUGGGUCCCUGUACGGCCUCCCAUUGCUGCUGUCUCCAUCGCCACACUCUGCCAUGUGCCACUUUCAGGUCUCCUCACACUGCUGGUGGUUUCCAUUUUUGUCAUAGGGUGCUGUAUGGCCUCCCAUUGCUGCUGCCUCCACCGCCACACUGUGGCUCCACACUCUGGUUUUGGCCCCGUGACUGCCCAAAUGAGUGAAGUGUGCGGUGAUUCUAAGAUCGACGGCACUCAUCUGCAUGUCAUGCUGACUGUCAGUAUUAUUUCUCUUCCCCAGCAGACUCCAAGGGCAUUUAAAUUAAAGGUACAGUGUUCUGCACUAAUAUAA